AAGUCCUGUCAUAUUCCGAGGCCGCCAUCGUGGUAGAUCAGGAUGGUGUCCAGUCCUUGGCCAGGUCCACAUGGCUCCUCGCAGCUGCCAUUUACGCAUACGAACUGGCAAGGACCUUUCCGCCACGACCGCAAGACAUGGUCCACCACGUUGGCUGAAUGGGCGUCACCUUCUCUCUGUACUUGUCUGCCAUGAGCACGGAUCCGGCCAUCGCCACGCUGAUGAUCCGCAACGUGGCGGCAUGCAGCUUCUUCAGCCUCGGGCUCAGCAGCACCAUGCAGCUGGCCAUGUUGAUCAUGGAGCGUCUGGGGCCCUGGACGCGUCCGCCGCUCAGGACGGCGCAGUGCUUCCGCGGACUGGCGUGGACGCUGGUGCUGAGCCGGCCAAUGUCGUGGGCGGUGUACAUCGUCACAUACGAGGCGCUGUGGCGGAUCACGGCGACGCUGGCCGACUUUGCGGUCAUGGCCGUGCUUACCAUCGCGGUCCUCGGACUGGUGGAUCUGCAUACGCAGUGGUCAAUGGGGUUGCUGCGCAAGGAGGCGCAGCUGUGGAGGAAUUACCAACACACUCGGUUUGGUGCCUUGGACGUAGAACCGAGGAUGUCCCGAGCUGGCAAGGUCAUUGUGCUCACGACAUCCUGGCUCGUUGUUGUCGCCAUGGCAAUUGUAGUGUUGACUCGUGCUAUGGGCAUGUCGUGGGCUGCUAUGCGUCGUUCCUAUAUAAACAGCCCAGUCACAUUCCAAAUGAACCGAUCACGUCACCCAGCCAGCAUGGGUACUCGGUAUCCAGAUGUGAAAUUCGAUCCGAGGGCCAUCGCUGGUCCGGAGGGUUCCAGUAAUUCCAUUGCAAAUACGGCAUCUAGCAACAUAGCGGACAUUCCGACUUCCUUCAUCAGCUCUACAGCGGCGAUGUCUAACCUCGUCGACAUACUGUCUCAACUCGAAACCGACUUGCCAUCCAUAUACGUUGACCUUGAAGGAAUAAAGCUGUCCCGCGAGGGGUCGAUUUCCAUUUUGACCCUCAUGCUUCACCCGUCUGCGACUCAGAAACACGUCUACCUCAUCGACGUCCAUACUCUAGGCGGACUUGCCUUCAAUACUUCAGGAAAGAACGGCGUGACUAUGAAGGACAUCCUCGAGGAGCCAACCAUCCCCAAAGUCUUCUUCGACGUCCGUAACGACUCUGACGCGUUGUACGCUCACUUCAACAUUGCUCUCCAGGGAGUUGAGGAUGUGCAACUGAUGGAGAAUGCUUCGCGACGAAGCGGGGCAUCCAAGAGAUUUCUCAACGGCCUUGUCAAAUGCGUUAAGUAUGAUGCAGCCAUCGGUUAUCGACUCUUCCGGAGCUGGAACCAGGCAAAGUUCGAUGGAGAGCUCCUAUUUGAUCCAAAAUGGGCGGGAGGCUCGUAUCAAGUUUUCAAUUUACGCCCGCUGCCAACCAAGAUUACAGCCUAUUGUAUCGGAGACGUGCAAUACCUGCCGCAUUUGAGGGAUGUUUACUGGGGCAAACUUACGGCCCCGUGGAAGGUGAAGGUGGCAGAAGAAACGAAGAACCGUGUGCUACAAUCUCAGUUGCCUGGUUAUCAGCCUUGCGGUAGUGACAGAGCGCUUGGCCCAUGGCAGGAUAACGAGACUAUCAUUGGGAGCUUUUGGAACCAGCACGACAGCUUAGAGGAUCCUUGGGAUGACUGGCAGGCUGAGAACGACGAUGACUGGUUUGAUACUCGUGAUGAUAAUGAUUACGAGGAUUGGACGAGAGUGCCAUGGCAGGGUCCUCCCUCUUAGCUUGUCUAGGGACAUAAGGGAGAUGGACUGAAUUGGUCAAACUCGAUAACGGGGUAAAUAGCGCCAGAUGAACGUUGUCUGCCCACGCUUCUAUAGCCUAGAGAGAAUUUAGUGAUGGUUC